AUGCCACUGAACCUGUUGCAGAACUGGUGUAGGAGCAGGGAACAUCUGAACACCCAGAGGUCUAUGCUGAUCCUGGGGAUUCCCAAGGACUGUAGUGAGGAUGAAUUUGAGGAGACUCUGCAAGAAGCUCUCAGGCAUCUGGGAAGAUAAAGGAUCAUUGGCAGGAUGUUUAGGAGGGAGGAGAACACCCAGGCCUUUCUGGUGGAACUUGCACGUGAUUUUGACUAUGCUUUGGUGCCUAGGGAAAUACAAGGAAAGGGUGGGCUCUGGGAAGUAAUGGUGAAACCUCCUAAUUCAGAUAAUGAAUUUCUUAAAGAAUUAAGAGUCUUUUCUGGGAACAUCAUGUCAAUCCCAGGGUUACUGGCCUUUGAUUCCUGGCUUGAGCACACCACUGAGAUGUUACAGAUGUGGCAGGUGCCUGAGGUGGAGAAGAGGCAGAGGCUGAUGGAAUGCUUGCAAGGCCCUGCUUUACAAGUGGUCAAUGUGCUCCGUGUCAACAAUGCUGCCAUCACAGUGAAGGAGUGUCUGGAGGCUCUGCAGCAGGUAUUUGGGCCCGUGAAAAACCAAAAAAUCGCCCAGCUGAAAUUUUGGAAGGCUUAUCAGGAGCUAGGAGAGAAAGUUUCUAGCUUUGUGGUGCGUUUGGAGAUCCUGCUCCAAAAAGCCCUAGAGAAAAACACAAUCUCAUGAAGGAAUGUGAAUCAUACCCACCUGAAAAACAUCUUAGGUGGGGCCAUCCUUACUGAAAAACUUUGAGAGAAACCUAAGAUGAUGAAACAGCGCAGGAAGCCACCUGAUUUCGUGGCCCUGGCGAAGCUUUUUCGUGAGGAGGAGAAGGAGUGGGAGGCUACUAGGGGUCCAGAAGAGGGGCUGGAGUUAGGCCCAAGUCCAUCUAAUGUAGGCAGCAGGGAGAGGGCACUAUUUGUUCCUGCCUUUGGAAGUGGUCUCGAGAUAAGGCCUUACCAGGGUUCCCAUCCCUGGAGGGGCAGAGGCCAGCACUGAAGGGGAGGUGUGCCCAGGGAUGGAUCUCAAGGUACAAGAAAGCACAAUUAUGACACAUUCUGUUAUAGUUGCGGGGAAGAUGGUCACAUCAGAGUACACUGCUUUAACCCCUCCAACUGGCCCUUAGUGAAGCAGAAGAGACAGGCUGCAAUGGAGAUGGGAAACAGGGCCUGGGCUUGGGAGAAGAGCCAUCCCAAGUCCAAGACCAAGUAG